CUGGGGCUUGAUUGGGAUUGUUUGCCUUGUUGUUGAGAGGCCCAGGUAUAGGGGCAGUCGCUCGAGUAUUAUUGCCAUUGGUCAUUCCCUCAUCAUGCGCCAACAAGCUGCGGGACAGCGAAGUCGACGCCAGACUGCCCCGUCGGGCCGGGCUCUGGAACUGAAGGUCAGGGAGGCCACCGAGCUCGAGACGAUUCCAGAUAGCUUAGACUCGAUUACCGAUAUCCAUAAUGAGCUGGAAUUUUCGCAGUGGUAUAGCGAAGUAGAGGAGAGCCUGCUGGAAGCCAGCUAUGAUGAGUACCAAGCUUGCCUCCAGGAGCUACAAAUGUCUAAAUCUCAUCUGGAUUCGCUAUUGUCCGAUACCUCGUCGACGCUCAACCUUCUGACCAGCCUAUCGAACGACUUCCGAGCCGUGGAAUUGCAGACAUCCAAUUUCCAGAAACAAUGCGAGGGGCUCCUCUCGGCACAGAAGCAUGAUUCGGAUUUGGCAGCGGAUAUCCAGGAAAACCUUCAAUACUAUGACUUCCUGGAUCCUGCAUCGAGAAGACUCAAUGCUCCGGGUGCUGGGAACACGGUUCGUGGGAAGGACUUCUCGGAUAUGCUGAGACGGCUUGAUGAAUGCUUGGACUAUAUGGAGACGCAUCCCGAUCAGAAGGAGGCCGGUGUAUACCGCUCCCGGUACCGAUUGCUUAUGACGCGCGCCCUCACUCUUAUUCGAACACACUUUGUUUCCUCCCUCCGAGAUGUAUACGCCGACGCCUCGAAGAAAAUCGCAGACAAGCAACUCAACGACACCACUAUGUCUACCUUGCUCUACGCCAAGUUUAGAGUUGGUGCGCCGGAACUGAAACAGAUUGGGCUUGAGAUCCAGAAGAGAGCGGUUCCUCCAUUGGACCUAGAUCAGGGCAUAGAGGCUGAAUACCAAAGCUUACUCAACGAGCUUCAUGCCAACUACGCAGCCACGCGUGGCAAACUGAUCAUCCCGUUAGUCCGCAAAAAUCUCUACGACAUCGCGCAAUCUCCAACAUCGUCACAAGAUCUCGUGUCUUUUGCCCGUGCGAGUAUCAGCUACAUUCGCGGCGUAUGCCUAGACGAGUUCGAACUAUGGCGCGAAUGGUUCCAUGGUCAGGGUGGACUGUACGACUUCCUGGAAACAAUCUGUGAGCCUCUCUACGAUUACCUCAGACCUCGAAUUAUCCACGAGGACAAGAUUGUUAAACUGUGCCAACUCUGCACCCUGCUGCAAACCCGAUACCUGCUCGACCAGGAUGAAGAGAUCGAGCAAAUAGACGCCAACCAACUCGAUUUUCCUGCAUUGAUCCAGCCCGCACUCGAAGACGUCCAAACCCGCCUUGUCUUCCGCGCGCAGGCUUAUCUCCGCGAUGAGAUCGAGCGCUAUAAGCCUCGCCCCGAAGACCUGGACUAUCCUGCGCGGAACAAGCAACUCUCAAUAUCCGUCACAGAGGGCCAGAUCAGCGGCCGCAAAGUCGCAUCCGCAGAUGCCCUGGUGAACCUUCCUAAACCAACGAAGCAAACCGAGGAUGGCGAUACUUCCUUGGAGCAAGACUCUAAAUGGGACCUCGAGUCGCCGAACGCGCUGAGCGGAUGGUAUCUAACCCUCCGCAAAGCCAUCUGGCUCCUCAGCCGAAUCUACCGCCUCGUAAACUCAACCGUCUUCGACGACCUCGCCCACCAAAUCGUCCACCAAACCAACACCUCCCUUCACUACGCCAGCACCCUUCUAACCAACAAAUCCACACCCACCGACGCCCAACUCUUCCUCAUGAGCCACCUCUUAAUCCUCAAACAACAAAUCGUCGCCUUCGACAUCGAAUACGUCGCCCCCGAAGUAACCUUCGACUUCUCCGGUGUCACCAACACCUUCUGGGAACUCCGCGAACGAGGCGGUCUCUUCAACCCGCGCAACCUCAUACGCCUCGUCGGCCACGGCCUCCUCCCGCGCGUCGUGGAGAACAUGCUCGACGCCAAAGUGGAACUAGAUGGGCGCCUUCGCACCGUAAUCAACGACUUCAUCAACGGGUUCGCCUCCAAAAUGACCGCCUCCCUUCCAGCCAAGUUCGUCGACGCCCGGAACCUCCAGCGCGGGGAACUCAUCUACCCGACGUGUCAAAACAUCGAGAAGGAGGUCCCGAACUUACGCAAAGUGUUGUCGGAGUAUCUGGAUGAUGGACGGAUGAAGGAGACGCUGGUAGGCGCGGUCCAGGAUCGAGUUAUUCAGAUCUAUGAGGAUUUCUUUGAGAAAUAUACCUCUUCUGAGCGGAGGAAGGGAAACCCCGUGAGUACGAAGGGGAAGGGGAGGGAGGAUACGGUGUGGGAUGUGGAUACGUUUGCGGAGUGGUGUGAGGGGAUCUUUCGCGUUGGGUUCCUUGGGUCGGGGCAGGGGUUGGAUGGUGAUGGCGAUGACAAUGAUGAUGCGACGAGUAGGAGUUUGAGUCGGGGUGGAAGUCCUGGGUCUUAGACCGGGACUAUCCUUUCUUCUCUCUCUCUCUCUCUCUCUUUUUUUUUUUCUAACAGUAGAUAUAUUUUACGUUUGACUUCCAAUGUAUAUACAAAGUAUCGAAGAGGAGAGAGACUUCUUAAAGUCUCGGAGAAGCGAGAUAUAGAGAGCAAUUAGGAAUAUCCAGGAUUG